CAGUACGGGGUGGUGUACGCGGCGCGCGGGGCGUGGGGGGGGCGCGCGCCCGUCGCCGUCAAGUCCGUGCUGCCCGCCGACGAGCGCCACUACCGUGAGCUCGCCAUGGAGUUCUUCUACACCAGGUAUAGUUCACUCGUGUCGGAGCGGAAGGUGCGCGACCUGCACGCCGCCGUGCGCGCGGGACUCGGGUUCGCGACCCGGAUGAGGAUCAGCUGCGAUAUCGUCGAGGGUAUCACCGCGACAUAAAGAUGAAGAACGUGCUGCUGGACGGCGGCGGGCGCGCGGCGCUGUCGGACCUCGGCUUCUGCGCGUGCGGCGCGCUGCUGGCCGGCUCGCUGGUGGGCACGCCCGUGCACAUGGCGCCCGAGCUGCUCGCGCAGGCCUACGACGCGUCCGUCGACGUCUACGCCUUCGGUCCGCCUUCGAGAUGUUUCUGAACAAGGAGCAGCUCUGGAGCAAGGUGAAGAGAGGUCUCCGCCCGGAGCGCCUGCCGCACUUCACCGACGAGUGCUGGGAGGUGAUGGUCUCCUGUUGGGCCUCGGAGCCCUCCCGGCGAGCCCACCUCGGGGAUGUCCAGCCCAAACUCGAGAGGAUACUCGAAAACGCCCUCGCGUGCGACUCCCCCAUCAGUGAGCUCUAUCCCGGCGGGGAUAGGAGUUCCGACGCUUCCGACGACGACAGUUUGGACGUGACCGGCGUCGAAAGGAAUAUCGUGUGA